AUGUCCAUCCAGGGCCUUCUGGUCAAGGAGAGCCUUUUGUCCCAGGGGAGGGAGAGGAAGCAGAACUUGUCCAUCCAGGGCCUUCUGGUCAAGGAGAGCUUGUUGUCCCAGAAGAGGGAGAGGAAGCAGAACAUGUCCAUCCAGGGCCUUCUGGUCAAGGAGAGCCUUUUGUCCCAGAGGAGGGAGAGGAAGCAGAACAUGUCCAUCCAGGGCCUUCUGGUCAAGCAGAGCCUGUUGUCCCAGAGGAGGGAGAGGAAGCAGAACUUGUCCAUCCAGGGCCUUCUGGUCAAGGAGAGCUUGUUGUCCCAGAAGAGGGAGAGGAAGCAGAACUUGUCCAUCCAGGGCCUUCUGGUCAAGGAGAGCCUUUUGUCCCAGAGGAGGGAGAGGAAGCAGAACUUGUCCAUCCAGGGCCUUCUGGUCAAGGAGAGCCAGUUGUCCCAGAAGAGGGAGAGGAAGCACAACAUGUCCGUCCUGGGCCUUCUGGUCAAGGUGAGCUAUUGUCCCAGAGGUGGCACAACAUCUUGUCGAUGCGGGUAUCCUUUCUCAAGAACAGGUUGCCAACUUGGUCCACCUGUUCUCUCAAAGAAAGCCUGCCACCCUCCCGGAAGAGGGAGGAGCCCUCCCUGGGUCUUCUGGACAAGGUGAGCCCAUCAUCCUAGGAGAGAAGAUAGGGGAGCUUGUCAUCCCAUGACCACCUGGCAGCUGAAAUGUUUGGAAUGGGGAGUGGACGGGCUCUUCUAAAAGAGGAGCUAGUCAGAGGGACCCCUGCCUCCUUGGAGACCAGGCCUUGGGGAGCCUGAGGGACUUCAGGCAAUUUCCCUCGUCACCCAUGACCACUGACCACGCUGGCUGGAACUGAAAGAGUUGGGAUUCCCACAAUAUCUGGAGGGCUGCAGAUGUUCUCCACCCCUGGUCUAGAUGUUAAAAACUUGGAGGUUGGGACAGGGUGACCUUAGGGCUGGAGGCACCAGGGAGCAUCAAGCAUGUAGGACCAGUUGUGAUGGUGCGGGGGGGGGGUUGGUUGAAACUUGUGGGUGCACAGCUGACUUACGGAGUCACUUGCCUUGUCGGAAGCUGCUAACCCCCUCCCUCUCUCUCUUUCUCAGGACAGGACUCUUACUCAGAGACCAAAAGCACCCCUGAGCGAAGAGCCCUUGAUACCCCUGACUCUGCAGAACCACCUCUGUGCCCUAGGCCCCCCAAAAGCCCCUGCCCCUCUGGGCGCUUGGGGAGGAGCUCUGGAUACAAAUUGUGUCCUGGUCCUUCAAGAACCACCAGAUAUGAGCUGCCCCCUCGAUUUGUAAGGAGAUUCAAACCUAACCCCCACCCUGGAAGCUCGACCAGCAGUUCUGGACAAGAUCCAUGCCCUGGGACUUCCGGGAACUCGAGACCUGACUCCCACCCUGGACCCUCGACCAGCAGUUCUGGACAAGAUCCGUGCCCUGGGACCUCCAGGAACUCGAGACCUGACCCCCACCCUGGACCCUCGACCAGCAGUUCUGGACAAGAUCCGUGCCCUGCGAGACCUGACCCCCACCCUGGAAGCUCGACCAGCAGUCCUGGACAAGAUCCAUUCCUUGGGACCUCGAGGAACUCCACACCUGACCCCAGCCCUGGACCCUCGACCAGCAGUCCUGGACAAGAUCCAUGCCUUGGGACCUCAAGGAACUCCACACCUGACCCCAGCCCUGGACCCUCGACCAGCAGUCCUGGACAAGAUCCAUUCCUUGGGACCUCGAGGAACUCCACACCUGACCCCCACCCUGGACCCUCCACCAGCAGUUCUGGACAAGAUCCGUGCCCUGGGACCUCAAGGAACUCCACACCUGACCCCUACCCUGGACCCUCAACCAGCAGUCCUGGACAAGAUCCAUUCCUUGGGACCUUGA